ACGUUUGCUUCAUCACACAUUCCAUUGGAGGAAAAGAGCAAAAAUAAAUACAAACUACAAACUAAUUUCAAAUUUAACUACGUAAUAAUUUUAAUUGCAAUUAAUAAAAUUUCUAGCACACAGUUUCUACUCAACAGUUAUCUCUGCUGACAAGUAAUUAUGUCGGCCGUUGCGGAGAGGGGAGAGUUCGUGAUUUCCAGCCAAGAAGAAGAAGCCCCCUUUCUUAACCCAGAUGUAAUUGGUCACAUUUGCAAAUUCCUUGCCACCUCAGACAUAGAGAACUGUCGGCUCGUCUCGUCAUCUUGGAAUCAUGGAGCAACCCCCGUUCUAAAAUCCAGGACAAGAACGACCCUCGAAUUUUCUCCAGGAUAUGAUGAGCAUGGGAACAUUUUCGGUGCAGAUUUGGGCGGCUGGGACAUUUCCGAUGUGAUAAAGAAGCUGGAAUUUCGUCCCGUCAAUAUCCGUCUAGCGAUUCCAUCCACCGAAUACAAUCUGCCACCCCCGGAUUUCACCAUGUUUCCUUUCGACAACAAUUUUAAAUCAAUCAUUGUCGAACACCCGCUCGGCGAUCAGUUUCAUUGGCAACGGGAAUUAUUUACAAAAUUUAUUAUGUCGUCGUCCACAACUUUGGAUGAAUUGCAAUCUGACUGGCUAGAGGACGAGGUUCCCCUAGAUUUCCCCCCACUGGGGGACACCGUCUUCCCUAAAUUGACGAAAUUAGAGGUCGACCGAUACUUUCGUGGGGACGGUGCUGUCCAACUAAUUGGUCGCGCUGUGACGACAUCGUUCCCAAAACUGAAGUAUCUCUCGAUAAAAUGUGAUUAUUUAGUCGCAAUUUCAGAAACUGGACUAAAUUCGCUGCGGUCCCUCAAUUCCCUCAAGUUGAUCGGAGAUUUGGACACGAACGGGGUGGAAUAUCUCCUCAAAAUUCCUGCCAGUUUGAAGAAACUCGUUUUUGGUGGUUCUCACCCAGUCGACUUUGAAAUUGAUGCCUGUGUCGACGAGCUGCCUACCAUUUUCUACAAAUUAUUAAAGAAACACGCCCCCACUUUGGAAGAACUUGAUCUCGACAUGACCUGGAUGAACGGAGAGAAAAAUUUACAAUGGAAAUUUCCCGUGUUUCCGGUCCUGAAAAAGUUACUUAUGGAAGUGUAGAAUAAGUAUGAUAAUGGUUUCCUGAAAUUAAAAAGAAUGUAAAAAAAAGGCAACAAAAAUUGUGAUAAUUACUAGGGUUGCCCCGGGUACCGGGUAACUACCCGGUAGCCGGCAUACCCGGCCUGUUUUGGGAUACCCGGUACCCGGCCGGGUACACUUAAGUACCCGGUCUACCCGGUCGGGUAAUUUAAAUAUUCAAUUUUCUUACUUAAAAUGCAAAAAUCUUGCAAAAAAAUAUAAUCCGAGAGUUUUUAUACUUGGUAUAAAAUAAUAUAUUUGGAAACAAUGGAUACAACCUUGGCCAACACUUAUUUGAAAAUUAUGAUACAAAUUUCAAAAUUAAUUUGGGCGCACUCACGUGAGCGAAUUAUCAAUCAGUCAAUUUGAAUAUUUCGAACAUUAAGCAUAACUUGCGAAGUUUUUGGAAAUUUGCAAGAUCACUCAAAAUUUUUGCUAAAAAGCCAUUUUUUCGUAAAAUAUUUCGCAGACUCAUCCUCGCGAUCAUCAGCGAGAGAAAUUGCGAACCCCAUGACUAAAAAAUCAAAAUAGAUUUAGUCGAUUUAGGAGACUUUCGAAGUGUUAUCUUGCUAAUCGAUUCGCAAGAUAUCACCUUGAAAGUCUCGCAAAAUUUGUUUUGUGAAGUAAUCCCUUAAGAAAUAACUUUGUUACGCCUAACAAGUUUGCUAAAUGAUUGCGAUGACAAAUAAGACAUUGUCGUGAGUACGCUCUUUAUGUCAAAUCAGGGUUUUACCGUUGGGAAAAUAGGGUGGGGAAAAUGGGUGGUUAAAAUGGGUUUUAGCCACCCACCCCAAAGCCCCGCAAGUGGGGAAAAUGGGGAAAACACUUUUUUGGGGCAAAAUGAUUCACUUUUUCACUCUAAAUCUUGAAAGAUAAAGUAAUUCAUCAUAUCAAAUAACACUAGAGCUCUGAAAAAUUAUAAAAAAUAUAGAUAAUUGCUGAGUCUCUCUGUAUUCCUUACUUCGAAAUUGUUUCCAUUUCCUUCUUCAUGUGUAAGUUAUAUUAGGUGGUUGAUUCAUAUUCGCUAUCACUAUAAAGAUCUAAUGACAAAAGAUCAAUUGUUAUACUCUAUGAGCGAUUAGAAUGAAUGUAAAUUGUUAGGAUAUUUCGUAUUUACCCAGAGUGUAGUUUUAUUUUUACUAAAGUGGGAAUUUUAAACCUAAUGAAUUAUUUAACGGUAAAAUAAAAAAUCGAGUGGUUAAUUUAAUAAACAGUAAGAACACAACACAACAAAGAAAAUAAACCGUAGUAACGUUAGAAGUAGCUCACCCUGUCAUAAUGAUUUAGGCAGAACUUUGUACCGAAGGUGCGGAAUAAGCCAACAAAAUAGAUCACAACUCUUAUAUAUUCA